CCAUGAGAGCUAAGCCUUAACACAUAAACUUUUCCUAGUUCCUAAACCAUUCUCUUUCAGGCUUUAAUUCUGCUUCAACUUUCUUCUGCCGCUUCGAGCUGCAUUGUUAUGGAUAGAGUACGAGAACUGGCAUCGAAGAAGGCCGCCGUGAUCUUCACGAAGAGCUCGUGUUGCAUGUGCUAUAGUAUCAAGACCCUUUUUUAUGAGCUCGGUGCUAGCCCUGCGAUUCAUGAGCUCGACAAAGAUUCUUAUGGGAGAGAAAUGGAGAGGGCUCUUCGAGUGUUAGGGUGCGACCCCUCGGUCCCGGCUGUGUUCAUUGGCGGGAGGUUCGUCGGCUCGUCGAAAGAUGUCAUAUCCCUUCAUGUUGAUGGAUCACUGAAACAAAUGCUCAUAGAUGCAAAGGCCAUCUGGUUCUGACAAUGAUAUCGAAUAACUUUGCCUACUAAAAAAUUGGCAAACUUAGUACUCUACUGCUACAAUAAUAAACCUAAUACCUUGUUGGAAGAGAAAAAAAAAGUUGUAUUAGGGGCUUUGCUUUUUCUAGAGUUCCUUGAAUACAUUUUGCUUGGAAAAAUGACACCUUUGAAAAUACCUAAACAUUAAUGCAUAUAUACCUGUUA